AUGACCACAAUGUUCGCACGCAUCAUAGUUACCUGUACAGUAGCUACGAUGCUUAUAUGUGUGUAUAUUGUCGCUGAGUGUAAAGUCAUCAAGAACAAUAAUGAAGUGGCGAUACAGUAUCUGCAGAAAUACGGUUUUUUGAACGAGACGAUGGAUACGUUUGCAACCAGUGAAGAUCAGCUGGUUCUUCGACACGCUAUCAAUCUCUUUCAAGAAUACUACAGAUUACCUGUCACUGGUAAAGUGGACAACGCAACUCUAAGCCUGAUGAGUAAACCGCGAUGCGGUCUACGUGACAUAUUGAAUUUCGGAGAGGGCAAAAUUAUACUUAUACCUAAGUGGCCGAAACGACACUUAACGUGGAAUUUUCACUUGGCCAACAGAGCGGUCUUGGAUACAACUCAGGCGGCGUUCGAUUUGUGGCAAAAACAUUCGUCGCUAACGUUUGAACGUGCUGUUGAAAACCCAAAUAUUCUGAUAUCGUUGCGCAAAGGCCAUCAUAUGUUCCUCGAUCGUCGAAACAGUGAAUUGUGCUCGAGCGCUUUGGACGGCCCCGGCGGCACGUUGGCUCACGCGUUCUAUCCCAAUGGAGCGUCGGAUUUCACGUCGGAGAUUCACGUCGACAAGACGGAACAGUGGCAUAUAUAUCUCAAUGUGGGUCCACAAAACAAAUAUAAUUUGCUGUACGUGUUGACUCAUGAAAUCGAUCAUUCGUUAGGAUUAGAUCAUAGUCACGACACUACGUCGAUAAUAUAUUCAUUCGUACCUGACAGUACUUUUCCUGUCACACUAAACACCGAGGACAUUAUAAACAUACAAAAUUUGUACGGCGCUACGGAUACCGACGUGUUACCGAAAACGACUCCCAGACCGCCACCACCACCACCACCACCGCAGCCAACACCAAGC